UCCCAAUAACUGCCCAAAUUGCGCCACUGAAAAAGAUCUGUUCAUUUUCUCUGUACUGGUCAAACUUCCAUUUCGGAGCUCUCAUUCAACCUGCACUUUCUUCUCUCUCGCGAUAACCCAAUUACAAGGAAAAUUAGAUUUCAAGUGUAAAUGGCUGUCAGGAAGCCUGGUGUGAUUGCCUUGUUUGAUGUUGAUGGGACUCUCACAGCUCCUAGAAAGGCGGCUACUCCAGAAAUGUUGGGGUUCAUUCGAGAACUUAGGAAGGCUGUUACAGUGGGAAUAGUUGGAGGAUCUGACCUUUCUAAGAUAACAGAGCAGCUUGGGUGGACAGUUAUUGAUGACUAUGAUUAUGUAUUUUCUGAGAAUGGACUUGUGGCUCACAAAGAUAGGAGACUGAUUGGCACCCAGAGCUUGAAGACAUUUCUUGGAGAAGAGAAGCUGAAGGAAUUUAUCAGUUUUACACUUCAUUAUAUCGCAGACUUGGACAUACCUAUAAAGAGGGGUACAUUUAUAGAGUUCCGAAGUGGGAUGCUUAAUGUAUCACCAAUUGGGCGAAACUGUAGCCAAGAAGAAAGGGAUGAAUUUGAAAGAUAUGAUAAGGUUCAGAACAUACGCCCAAAAAUGGUAUCCAUCCUUCGCGAGAAGUUUGCUCACCUUAACCUGACAUUUUCCAUAGGAGGACAGAUAAGCUUUGAUGUUUUCCCUCAAGGUUGGGACAAGACAUACUGCUUGAGAUACCUAGAGAAGUUUCAAGAAAUCCAUUUCUUUGGUGACAAAACUUACAAGGGAGGAAAUGACCAUGAAAUUUAUGAAUCUGAACGAACCGUAGGUCAUACAGUUACCAGCCCUGAAGAUACAAUCAAGCAGUGCAAAGCUCUCUUCCUGAGCCCCUGAUUUCGUUCCAACUUUUUGGUUUCGGAUUAUAUGCCAUUUUUCAAACAAGAAGAAAAAGUUAUAUGCCAUUUGUAAUUCUGUAUUCGAGAAUAAAUGUUAAAGCCGAAAUCUGAAAUGUGUAAUAUUAUAAUUAGACGCAAACCUAUUGGUUCAGAAAUUGCAUCUUUUGCAUUGUAUUUUUGUACCACUUGUCCUAUAUAUUUAAAUAUAUCUUGAAAA